AGAUAAUACACUCAUCACUCCUUGAAAGCCAACGACUCAUUAGCUGCACUUAGCUGCACAGGCUUGGGACAGCUCCUGCGAGCCAUGCCGAGGGCUGUGGAAGGCCACCGCGAAGAAGUUCUGGCCAGGUUCGCGCCAGAUGUGCCGCAUCAACUUACUCCUGAAGAAGUCUUACGAAACGCUCGAGAGGCAUGCAAUCGGAGCAUAUCGUUCUACGAGGGCUGCCGACAGGAGUACACCCGUGCCCAGCAUGCAAGGCAGUCUAUGUGCAAAGUUCAAUUUGGCGAAUCUCGCUGGUCAGAGGGAGACGAAUCUGGGCCCAGCUGCGACAUCGAGAAUGACAGUGAAAGGGCCGUUAUGGAAUGGGAUGACUGGGACGCGUCGCCUGGACCUGCUGCAGGCCCUCUCGCUUCGCGCCGGUGUCGCACCAACAUCGGGUUCGGAUCUUCCUCGGCUAAUCUUCGCCUCAUGGUUACCUCGGCACCAGAUGUUAUUGAAGUAAGCAAGUACGUUACCGCGCCGGUACCGACACGGUUUAUGUUGGCCGACAUGCCUUCGGGGUCAGUGGCUCCCCAGGCUGCUGAUCGCUCUCCAUCACGCAACAACCGGCCCGACUGGCUCAUUGCCAGCAAGCUCAUGGCACAGACUCGUCGCCGUCGUUCCGCACCGACCGCUCAAGAUUUCCACGAGGCUGCGGCAACCAUGGCUGAAAUUGCUGAGGACAACGAGGUUCCCGAAGGUGGCUGCCCGAACUGGGUGCAGCGCGCUGCACGCCUCACGUCGGAGCGAUUGCAGCAUUCCGCCGCAGGUCGUCUCGACAGGCGGCACCUGCUCCACCUCAUGCAUAACAACGCCGGGCCCGCGGCAGCUUUGGCCGUCGCUGUGGGAGACCUUCCGACUGAGAACCCUGCUAAAGAGCACGAUGACAGCGGCCUUACGAAUAGCGACAGCAUCGGAGCGUUGCAACGUACUGGGGGGCUUACCUCUGUCUCAGCCCCGCUGUACAAGCAGUCAACUCUGCGCGCGCACCGUCGUUCUGUGGACCUCAGCGCCUGCGGUGCACCUCCCUCCCAAUCCGUCCUCCUCAACUGCGUGUCACGCCGCACGGGUCCCACCGCGAGCGAAGGUGCCAACCCUGACAACGCGCCGGUCCGCAACCAGAACGAAGGCAGCAAUCACGACAGUGAAGGGCGCACAAGCAGCUUCCCGGCAAUCUCGUUCCGUCGCAACAGCUGCAGUUUCCGUUCAAAUUUGGAUCCUGGGCUCCACCCCUCUGGUGCUCCUCAGCUGCGUCCGGCGGCGCUUGCUGUACCGCGACUCGGACCGUCCGGCGCAACGUCCCCGGCGUCCUUGCCGCAUAGCGCUUUAUCCUCUGCACAGGCCUCCCCCUCCGCCGGAGGCACAGGCCACGGUACUCUAGGCAGCCCUCCAGGUACCAUUGCGCCGCAGCUGUCAGCAUUGGGCUCCGAAUCAGUCAGCAUGCGCAAGACGGGGUCAGGCUGCCUUCACGGCCGAGACGGUUCGGGCUCACUGUCGUUGCUCCUCGACCGUAACUUUGACGAGGGACCCGCAACUCCAACCGCACUGCCGCCGAAGCCUCCGCUGCUGCAGCAGCAACAGCGGUCGCAACAGCAGGCGGACUCCCCGGCCUUACCACCCGGGUCUACCUCCACGUCGAUCUCGGGUGUUGUAGGCGCUAGCGGCGGUGCUGGCUCCCAUGGGGAGGAGCCGCGCCUCUCGCAAAGCCGUCCAAGGCUUUUGCGUAGUCUUUGCAGCAUCGGCAGCACAAGCAGCAACAGCGUGCACAGCGUUUCGAGCACCAACGGCUGCCUCUCGGCACCUUUGGCCGUGUCAAGCAUCAGCGGGGGCUCUGCGAGUGGCGUCAUGGCGGCCCCGCUUCGAGCGUCUCUCAGCUCGGUCUUCCAGGGACAGGCAGGAGAUGCUUUCUCGUCACCGUCCCUGCCUGGUUGCGCCUCGGACCAAGCCGACUGCCUGACUGCUUUGGUUAAUGAACGAGCCCAAUCGCUUCCCAGUCCAGCACUCCACCUCUCCACGCCCUUUCAAAGCCCCUACUCCUCCGGU